UACGACCUGAUGAAACUGUUUGAAGUUGGCGAUAGUCCACCGGAUACACGUUACCUUUUCCUCGGAGAUUACGUUGAUCGGGGUUACUUCAGGUGUGUCUCGCAUCAAUACUCUACCUUUUCCAACUCAUCCCAUCAUACAGUGCGUUCUGUAUCUGUGGUCCCUAAAGAUCUGGUAUCCCGACACCUUUUCCUGCUCCGUGGCAACCAUGAAUGCCGGCAUCUCACAGACUAUUUCACUUUCAAGCUUGAAUGUAAGCAUAAAUACUCGGGGCGCAUCUAUGACGCUUGUAUGGGAUCCUUUUGUGCGCUUCCCCUUGCUGCUAUCAUGAACAAGCAAUUCCUAUGCACCCACGGCGGUCUUUCACCAGAGCUGAACACUUUGGAUGAUAUUAGAGCGGUAUGUUGUGCACUACAUAGAUCAGAGGUAAUCCUAGGAACGGAUGUCAAGCUCGACGUCAUUAGCCGUCAGGCCUCCUAG